CUUCCCUUCCCUCCCCUUCCCUCCCCUUUCCUCCGCUCCGCUCCGCCCUGCGCGGCCCCAUCGCGUCACCGCAGGCAGUCUCUCCUGCCGCCGAGCCGCAGGGCGCAGGCGCGGCGCCGUGUGGUGUCGCCGGGGCGGGUACCAGGCGGCGGCGGCGGCUGCGGCGCGGACAUGGCGCUGUCACUGGGCGAGAGCGGUGGCGGGAGCCGGCUGCGGCGGCAGCUGGAGUCGGGCGGCUUCGCGGCGGGGGAGUACGUGAAGCAACUGUCGCAGCAGUCGGACGGGGACCGGGACCUGCAGGAGCAUCGGCAGCGCAUCCAGGCGCUGAGCGAGGAGACGGCGCAGAGCCUGAAGCGCAAUGUCUACCAAAACUACCGGCAGUUCAUCGAGACGGCGCGGGAGAUCAGCUACCUGGAGAGCGAGAUGUACCAGCUCAGCCACAUCCUCACCGAGCAGAAGGGCAUCAUGGAGGCCGUCACCCAGGCCCUGCUCUUCCAGGCCGACCGCGACGACCCCGCGCUGGGCGCCCGCCGCGCCGCCGCCGCCGACCCCUUCCUGCCGCUGUCGGCCAAGGAUGCGGCGAUCAGCGAGGAGGGGCGGCAGCGCACUCUCACCACCCUCCUGGAGAAGGUGGAGGGCUGCCGCGAUCUCCUGCCCGAGAGCCCUGGCAAGUACCUGGUCUACAACGGGGACCUGGUGGAGUACGACGCCGACCACAUGGCGCAGAUCCAGCGGGUGCACGCCUUCCUCAUGAACGACUGCCUGCUCGUGGCCACCGCCCUGCCCAACCGCCGCGGCGCCUACCGCUACGACGCCCUGUACCCCCUCGACGGGCUGGCCGUGGUCAAUGUCAAGGACAACCCGCCUAUGAAGGACAUGUUCAAACUGCUCAUGUUCCCCGAGAGCCGCAUCUUCCAGGCUGAGAACGCCAAGAUCAAGAAGGAGUGGCUGGAGGUGCUGGAGGAGACCAAGCGCAACCGUGCCCUCAGCGAGAAGCGGCGCCUGGAGCAGGAGGCCCUGCCCCGGCCCGCCUCCACGCCCCCCGAAUCCACCAACCCCUUCGACGAGGAGGAGGAGGAUGAGCCCCCCGCUGAGGAGGAGGUUGUUGACAUCUCACUUGAGUGGAUCCAGGAGCUGCCCGAGGACCUGGACGUCUGCAUUGCUCAGCGGGACUUCGAGGGGGCGGUGGACCUCUUGGAUAAACUGAACGAGUACCUGGCGGACAAGCCUGUGAGCCAGCCCGUGAAGGAGCUGCGGGCCAAGGUGGAUGAGCGCGUCCGGCAGCUCACAGAUGUGCUGGUGUUCGAGCUGUCUCCAGACCGCUCUCUGCGAGGAGGGCCGCGGGCCACCCGCCGAGCCGUGUCCCAGCUCAUUCGCCUGGGCCAGUCCACCAAGGCCUGCGAGCUGUUCCUGAAGAACCGGGCAGCCGCGGUGCAGACGGCCAUCCGGCAGCUGCGCAUCGAGGGCGCCACGCUGCUCUACAUCCACAAGCUCUGCCAUGUCUUCUUCACCAGCCUCCUGGAGACGGCCAGGGAGUUUGAGACGGACUUCACCGGCAACAACGGCUGCUACUCGGCCUUUGUUGUCUGGGCCCGCUCGUCCAUGAGGAUAUUUGUAGAUGCCUUCAGUAAGCAAGUAUUUGAUAGCAAAGAGAGUUUGUCAACUGCGGCAGAGUGUGUCAAGGUGGCUAAAGAGCACUGCAAGCAGCUGAGCGAGAUUGGACUGGAUCUCACCUUCAUUAUUCAUGCCCUCCUGGUAAAGGAUAUCAAAGGUGCUUUGCAGAGCUACAAGGAUAUCAUCAUCGAGGCCACCAAGCACCGCAACUCUGAGGAGAUGUGGAGAAAGAUGAACCUGAUGACUCCAGAGGCACUGGGGAAGCUCAAGGAGGAGAUGAGGAGCUGUGGGGUGGGCAAUUUUGACCAAUACACGGGUGAUGACUGCUGGGUCAACCUCAGUUACACUGUAGUAGCUUUCACUAAGCAGACUAUGGCCUUCUUGGAGGAAGCGUUAAAGCUUUACUUUCCAGAGCUGCAUAUGGUUCUCCUGGAGAGUCUCGUGGAAAUCAUCCUGGUGGCUGUCCAGCAUGUCGAUUACAGUUUACGGUGUGAACAGGAGCCAGAGAAAAAAGCAUUCAUUAGGCAGAAUGCCUCUUUCCUCUAUGAAACUGUCCUUCCUGUUGUGGAAAAAAGGUUUGAGGAAGGAGUUGGAAAGCCAGCCAAGCAGCUACAGGAUCUGAGAAAUGCCUCAAGAUUGAUGCGUGUAAAUCCGGAAAGUACCACCUCUGUGGUGUGAAGUGAACCUAACUGUUCCUCGGAACAAGGUGGCAGCACUUACUGAAGAUGUUGUACAUUGAGCAGAUGAACUGAACAGGGGUUUUUUGAGUCCCUGAAAGAUGCAGAACUCUUAUCUGCUGCAUUCCAGAAGCUGAAGACUUUGAAUCAGUGCCUGCAAGCAUGCACUGCUUUACUUGGUGGAUGGGGUGUAGGGAAGUGAGAAGGUGGAGGUCACAUGUCCUUUGAUAGCAUAUCCUGUAUGAAGGGCUUGUGUGACUUGGGAAAUAACUGUAAUACACAAAUUUUGGCCAAUUGUUUGUGAAAGUCUUACAUACAUAUACAGCAGAUGGCAGGAAAAGAUCAAUUCUCAUCAUGUCACUGUAGCAGUUCUUUUUUAAGGCAGUGUUCUGGUAGGAGGGGAAGUGCUGAAGCAUUCCUAGGGUGUGGUAUUUCAGUAAGGCACAUCCACCAUCCACAUGUGACUCAGCACUGCAGAUAAAUGACAUGGAUUUGCACAGUGUGAUUUUUGUGGUAGCAAUGCAGUCUUUUCUUUAACAUUGAAAUUAUCUUCAUCCAUUUCAGAGGCAGAUUGGAAUAAAAAUAUUUUUAAUACAGGUUCUGGUGUUUGUGUGAAGGGGCUUCUUCUGUUAAAUAAGCUGGCCUGUCAGCCUAAGUUAUAGUUGUCUGAAAACAAACCUGCUGUCAACCAUUUGUUCACUUCAAGAGAAGUGAGAAUAAAUUGCUUCCCUUUCUCUUUGUGUUCCUCUUCCAUGUUUUCUCAUGGAUCUAAUUGGGGUCACAUCCAUUUAAUGAAGUGUGCACUGUUGCUUGAGGAGCUGUCACAAAUGCAUUAUGAGCUGUUGUCUCCUGGUUGGAACCAUAGUGAAGAGGCAUAAAUGCUCUUGACACAUGCAGGGCACGGAGAGGGACUGAAGGGACUGUUUCAUUUGGAAGAAAUGGAAAGCUAGUUUUGCUGUACAGAACAGAAACAGCACCUAGUGAAGAGACUCAGAGGCUUUUUGUACGAGAUGUGAACUUUGAAAUAUACACUGUCUCCUGCAAGAACUAGCAUCAUUUUCUGUAAUACAGCAGUAAGCCAGAAAAAUACGUUUUUUGCAGAAAUCACAAGGAUUUGGUUGGCAAUUUUAAUGUUGAUGAGGAAAGUUUAUACAAAUGCUCUUAUGUUUGGAUUGAAUGUGAUGGCUGUCUCAUGCAGUGUAUGUCUCUGAAAAUAAAAUAAACCAAGUCUUGUGUCAA